GUGUCGGAACAGCCCAGGAGUUAUCGCUAUGCCUGAGCCGGCUAAGUCUGCUCCUGCGCCUAAGAAGGGCUCCAAGAAAGCUGUCACCAAAACGCAGAAGAAAGGUGACAAGAAGCGCAAGAAGAGCCGCAAGGAGAGUUACUCUAUUUACGUGUACAAGGUGCUGAAGCAGGUGCAUCCUGACACUGGCAUCUCGUCUAAGGCCAUGGGUAUCAUGAACUCCUUCGUCAAUGACAUCUUCGAGCGCAUAGCCGGUGAAGCCUCGCGCCUAGCGCACUACAACAAGCGCUCUACCAUCACCUCUCGGGAGAUUCAGACGGCUGUCCGGCUCCUGCUGCCGGGUGAGCUGGCCAAGCAUGCAGUCUCCGAGGGCACCAAGGCUGUAACUAAAUACACCAGCUCUAAGUAGAAUAUCACAAAGCAACAGUUUUAACCCAAAGGCUCUUUUAAGAGCCACCAA